CAAACUUUCCCUAGCUGCCUCUAGAGAGUAAAACGCAAAAAUCAUAUGUUUCACGAAUGUCUGAUUUUGUGAUUUCUUACAGUUGAAUACCCCACUAUACUAGUGUAGGCCUAUGUAGUACAAAUUGUUGCUGCUAUAAUUGGUUCUUGUUUGAUGCUUGCCUCCCUCCCCUUCUGAGGUGGAGAUUUGAGAUCAGUUGCUCUUGUCAAACUGCUCUGAUUGCUGGCUGGAUCACUUUUAUCAGCCAGCGUGUGUUAUAUAAAGACUAAGGAGGGACUGGAGGUUGUACACUAGCAGCAGGACAAUAUUGUAUAUGGUAAUGGCUCCUUCGUCUUUAAUUAAUGGUGUUGGUGUUAGUAGUGCAGUCCAAAUAACUGAGUCAUCCUACAUUUCCCCCCCACCUGCCACCACCACUCCACAUUCAUAUUCUCUCCCUCUGACUUUCUUUGACAUUCCUUCGCUUCAAUAUCCUCCACUCCAACCUCUCUUUUUCUUUCAACUUGCACCUGUACCUGUUUCUUUUUUGGAAUUCAGUUCUAACAUCCUCCCUAGACUCAAACACUCCCUCUCGUCUGCCUUGCAAUAUUUCUUUCCCUUUGCCGGUAAACUCACGACUACACGUUCUCUCCUAGAUAAUCUAAGUUUCUUGACGGAGAAUGGGAAAUCAGAUUCAGUUGGUUUGACUGUUGCGCUGUGUGAUGCUGAUUUUAAUGAUUUAAGCAGCUAUGCCUACAAGUCUGCUCAUAUCUUUCAACAAUUGGUUCCCUCAUUGCCAACAAUUGCAUCCUCCACUAUCAUUGCUUCCCCGAUUCCUUUAUUAGCCAUUCAGAUCACAUUCUUUCCCUCACCUUCUUCUGGUUUCUCCAUUGGCUUUGCUUCUCAUCCUGUGCUUUGUGAUCAGAGGACCUUCAGUAACUUCCUUUACACUUGGGCUUCUUUCUCCAAGUCUGGUCAUCUAAACUUUUCACUUGCCCCAACCUACCCUGCCUCCUUUGACAGGUCUGUGAUUCUCGAUUCUAAUGGACUUCAGUCCAUAAUGUUGGAGCAGUGGUUGGGGUUGGAGUCCCAUCCAACCGUGUCCAUGAAGAUGCUACCUCCUCCUCCUGCUGCUCAUGCCUCACUCCAGUCCACAUUUGUCAUGGGGUCAGCUGAUAUUGCUAAUGCUAAACGAUGGUUACAAGCCCAGUGUGACAAGCUCAACAGGUCGUACCCUGUUCUCUUGUCACCCUACGUCGUCACGUGUGCCUUUGUGUGGACCUGUUUCUUAAGAGCCCAGGUCCAAAACAGUUUUGUUACUAAAGCCAAAGCAAAGGGUCCGAUGUACUUUGGAUUCAUUGCAGGUGGUAUUACCCGUUUACCCUAUCAGGUAUCUGCUAAGUAUUUUGGUAACUGUGUUGGGUUUGGACGGGCAGUAGCAAUGAGGGAGGAGUUACUGAAGGAAGGUGAGGGCAUGUUGGCAGCUGCUGAUGCAAUUGGGAAAACCGUGAAGAUGUUGGACAGUGAUGUUUUAGGAGGAGCUGAGAGGUGGAUAUCUGAAUGGCAGACAUUAAUUAAGUCUGAAGAUCAUAUUCAUGUGGUUGGGUCGCCCAAGGUGAACCUGUAUGAGACGGAUUUUGGGUGGGGGAAGCCAAAGAAGAUAGAGGAAAUUUCAAUUGAUGGAACCAGAGCCAUUUCUCUUACGCAGAGCAGACACAUGAAAAGUGGAAUUGAGAUAGGGCUGACUUUAUCUAACUUCAUUAUGGACGACUUCCAAUCUAUCUUCACUCAAGGUCUUCGUGUUUUUGCCCAGUGAGGCUGGCUAUCCUUUACUUGCUUGUUGAGAGCGUUAAGAGUUCGAGUUAUGGCGUUGUACAGUAUGUAUUCCAUUGUCCAGCGUCGUUUAUUGUAAUAAGCCUUAUUGUUAGACUAUAGACUGUCAAAAACUAUCCCCUGAUCAUAGCUUUAGGCUAUAUUGUUCUGUUCUUUCAAGUGUUAACUACGGAGUAGUUUGUGGCUCGGUGAUGCCUCGGGUUUUGUUUAAAUACAAAAUGAAAAAAUAACUUUAAAUUUAAAUAAAAUUCUGAAAACAUUAUCUUAAGUUUAAAAUAAAUUGGAAAAAUGGGAAAAAAAUUAUGGGAAUUGAAAGAGAGAUGCAGUAAUUGCUUAACUAGUUUUUAACAAAUUACUCAUAUCAUUUAUGGAAUCAACAACUAUUACAAAUUAAAUUGUAGUUUAUUGUGCAAUUAUUUAGAAGUUACAUACUAGAGAAAAUUAAAUACAAAGGUUACACUUCUUUAAAAAAAAUAAAUAAAUAAAUAAAAAAUACGAAGGUUACAUAUAGUAAUACUCAUUUCA